AUAUUUGCUACCAGCCUUUGGGUCUUGUUUUGGCUUGCAGAGUGCAUUCGCAACGUUUAUUUCCACCCACUCUCCAAGUUCCCAGGACCACGACUAGCCGCAGCCAGUAGCUGGUGGUCGACAUAUCAGCAGACUAUUGUCAAUAGGUCGAUGCAUCAUAUUUGUAUCGAUCUACAUGCCAGAUAUGGUAGCGACAUCGUUAGAAUUGGGCCGAACCGGCUUCACUUCAACCAUCCUGACGCAUACUCUGGAAUCUAUCGCACCAAGUUCGACAAAGAUCCGUUCAUAUACGCUCUUCUAGGCGGCGACGGCGCCACCGUCACCUUUGUCAAACACCAAGACAACAAGAAUCGCAAGGACAUCCUCCAUCCAUUCUUCUCCAAGAGUUCUGUUUACAACCGAGAGCAACUUAUCCAAGAAAAUGCAAGCAUAUCCUAUUUCUGUUCAAACUUGGUCAAACAUUACGAAAGGGGCGUUUCUGUCAACAUGAGUCUCGCCUUUCGGUGCAUUGGCCUGGAGACAAUCACGUCCAUCUGUUUUGGAAAAUCGGCAGCUUGUUUCGAGCACGAAGACUUCCAUAGCCCGAUUUUGGAGUCCAUGGAAAGUAUCGUCGCUUGGUUCAUGGUGUUCAAGCACUUCUGGCUAGUGAGACAGCUCAUCCUCUGGGUGCCUGAUUGGGUUGGCCUUACGUUCUUCAAGAGCGGCGUGGCAUUCGCGCAGAUGAUAAACAUGUUCGCGGAACAAAUUGACAACAUCAGGGCCAACGUCGGGAAUCCCAGUCCAGAUGAGAUCCCAAUCAUCUACGGCGCCCUCGCAGAUCCAGAGAACUACAGCAUGUCCAGGCCUCCGCCUUCUCGUGCCUCCUUGAUGGAAGAGGCUAUUGCUCUUGUCAUCGCCGGCACGGAUACAACCGGAGCAACUAUGACACUUGGCACCUAUCACUUGUGCAAGCACCCCGAGAAGUACGCGAGGUUGAAGGCAGAGCUGAAGGAAGUAUGGCCGGAAUUGAAAGGCCCUACACCAACAGCACAGCAGCUGGAGAAACUGCCUCAUUUGACAUCGGUCAUCAAGGAAGCACUGCGGAUGGCACCAACAACCACAUCUGAAAAUUCUAGGCUCGUGCCUCCUCAUGGAGCAAAGAUUGACGGAGCAGAAGUCCCAGGAAAUACGAUUGUGAGCAUGGGGGUCCUGUUUCCCAUGCAACAUCCAUGGGCAUUUGAGAACCCUGAUCAGUACAUCCCGGAGCGAUGGCUUAUAGCAGACGAGGCUGCGAAACAGAGGCUUGAUCGUUACUUUGUUCCGUUCUCCAAGGGACCGCGCAGCUGUCUCGGAAUCAACUUGGCAUGGUGCGAGUUGUAUCUUGCGUACGCAAACCUCUUCCGUCGCUUCGACCUGAGCUUAGACGGGACAAAGGACGAUGACUUUCGACUGGAUUGA